AUGGCAAGGAUUCUUCUCAAUUAUUCGAGCUCUGAUGUUCGACUAUUCUUCCGUAUCUUCUUCGUUGUUGCAUUUAUCCUCAUUAACCUUCUGGGGACCAAAUGUCUGGCCGCCCGCGCGAAACUCAGACUCCUCCAGCGGCGGACGGUUCCACUGCCGUACAUGACUUCUUGGCUUGGAAGCUUCGACUCUUUGUAUGCUUUGCGUGUGGUCAAGACACUGCCAGGCGGAUGGCUGAGCUUGCUGAUGAUCUUUGCUUACCUCUUGAACCUGAGCUCGGAUUUUACUUCAGCUCUCAUCAAGUCGGUACCUGUCCACGACCGUUGUCAGUUCGGCACCGGUCUAGUGGUCUCGAGUGCCCUCAUUGAACUGGUGCCGUGGAAUGGUGCGCCGUAUACGGUCGUAUCCCAAGCGCAAACGACGAGUCUGAUCAACGACGGCCUGAAAGGAGUCUACAAAAAGGCAAAUCGAGACAUUAACUUCAGUGCCGAUGCCAAUGACUUGCUUGGCGGAUGGCACUGCGACAGGAAUUCGCUUGAGCUGGAUUAUCCCUGGGACGUAUCGGUCAACGACAUAGUGACCAGUCUACAGCAACAUGAUCUCCUGUACGACACUCCGUAUGCCGUCUCCGCCUCGAUCGGAAACAUAUCCCACUUAGUGGUGCUUGAUACGUCUGUUGGAGAGAAUGUUGGCACAGUCUUCGACGUACGGUUCUCGGUCGAUAUCACUCCAUAUGGUAACGUGACGAAGCACAUGCAAAGUUACCAAUGCACUCUAGAUGAUACCUACGGUUACCUACAACCAAUCCAGGAAAUGAUACAUUCCCAUGACACUCUCAAGAACUGGGCCGAAAUGUUCCAAGGCUCGGUAUACGAGGGCACGGGCACGCCUGCAUCCAACAACACUGGAGGGAUCCUGGAACAGACUCUCAACUCAAUGACCAUGGUUGCAGGGGGCGACAACUACCUCCUCAACACCGCGCACUCAUCAGAAACACAAGGGUGCCUGACGCAACGCACGCACAUCCUAUGGGAACUCCUCAUGCUCUCCGGCCUUACACUGCUUCUCUUAGCUUUCCUGCUCUUAUUUUGGCUCGGAAUGGUCAUCAGGUUGAAAGUCCUGAGCGGUCGCAUGAAUGUCGAAGACGCAAGGUGGAUCCAAGAGAAUACUCCGACCGGAAAUUUCGAGUGGAUGGCACAGGCUGUGAGGGAAUCUCACCGACCACGCGCCGUACAAGUCAAGACGGCAGACCUGAAGCAUUGGCAUUUUGGAGGGAGCUCGGAGGGAGCUGGCGGCCUUUGGAUCACCCACAAGGCAACUCAUUCAAAGAUCGCCGAGGAAACAAUCUCGUUGCGACCAAGUUCGGCACUUUAG